GCUCCGCAUACUCCACACUCCACCUGAGAGAGGCGAACACACAGAGCCUUACCGCUCAGCAUGAAACACAGACCUGAGAGACGACCUGGACCUCAAUCAUGAAUAAUUCAGCACCUUUUCACGCAAGAAGCUGUGGCUGAACGCGGCACUGCGCAUGUGUGGACCAUGAUGAGGACUAUCAUGGUGAUGAAGAUGGCUUCAGACGUUUUAGUGGCAGCUCUCCCUCUCUGUCUGCUUUUGCAUGCAGCUUCAGGCCUCCUCUUGUCCUCAGCUGAAGGAUCCGCGGUCGCUGCUCCGCAGAAUGUUCAUUUUCACUCUAUGAAUCUGAGAAACAUGCUGCGCUGGGGCCCGGGAGGAGGCACCGUCCACGGCACCACCUACACCGUGGAGUAUGCAAUAUACGGGGACGUUGAGGGGGACGGCGAGCAGGUGGUCUGGAGCCCAGCCGAGCAGUGCCGAAACAUCACAGACACCGAAUGCGACCUGACAGAGCAGACGUACGAUAUUAACGAGGAUUAUUACGCCAGAGUGAGAGCCAACCGGCCACAUGCUCACUCACACUGGGUGGAGACCGAGAGCCGCUUCAGACCCCUGUCUGACACGAUCUUCGGGCCUCCAAACGUGAAGGUGACUCUGGUGGACAACUACAUGCACGUAAAGCUGAAGGGUCCGUUCAGGUGGAAGAGCAGCAGGAUGAAGAGAGGGUACUCUGUCUGGAAGAUCUUCCCCCACAUGGUCUACAAUAUCUCCGUUUACAACAACAGGAGCAAACACAUGCACCACUUCCUCCUGCAAAACGACUCGCUGAGACUGGGGCCUCUGGAGUAUGAAUCAGUGCAGUGUGUGAAGGCCGAGUCGCUCUCGCUUUCUCUCCCUCUGACCAGCAUCCCAUCUGACUGGAGCUGCAUCAUGCUUCCGCCAGACCCGUUUACAGCUCAGAUGCUGGUGCUGAUAUUGGGAGGUGUUGUUCCCAGUGCCAUUUGUCUGUUUGUGCUGGCUGCAGUCGGAGGCUUCGCUUAUUACUACAUCUGCGGUCACAAGCAGAGGCUUCCCAUGAGCACGGAUUUGGUUCACGUCGACGAGAAACAAAAGUUGUUCCAGCCAGACAAACCUGUAACCAUCAUCAACCUGAACCUGAUCUCCACCAACCUGAGCACGCAGGAGUCCAAACUGAGGCCUUGGGGUCCUCGUCACCACUUCGUCAGCGGGAACGAGCACCUGCAGCCCGUCCAGGCCCUGCCGGCUAGAAGAGAAGGGGAACCUGAGGAUCCCCCUCCAGGAGGAGAGAUUGUACAGUCCUAUGCUGCGCAGGAUGUCCAACAUCAAGCUGAAUUCAACAGUGCCUCUGAUGUUGCUUCAGAUCUGGGGUCCAGUAAUGAAUUUCUGAGUGACGACUAUGGGCUGGUGCUCCGCGAGCAGGACCCCCAGCUGGACAUGAGUGGCUUGGCGGUGCCGGACAUGCUUAACCCAAAGGUGGAGGAGCCCCCGGAGUGUAAGGUCGACCUGUACAUGGCGCAGAGCAGAGAGAGAGACUCAGGAGAGAAAAGUUAUGAGGAGGAGGCGGAGCAGGAGGAGAAGGAAGAGGGAACAUUUCUGGACUGGGACCCACGGACUGGGGUGCUGAAGAUCCCUCUGCUCUGCCAGUUGGGCUCAGAAGUUCCCACAGCUACAGAGAAGGAGACGGAACCAAAGACAAGAGUGGACAUAGAGUUGCUCCAGCGCAGGCCCAUCCUAACCAGUGUGGUGGUCAGACAGUGUUCAGAGGAGAGUGGAGAGGAGGACGACUUCUCUAAAAUGGAGAAACACUGGGGGCUGCAGAUACAGAGCAGUCCUGAAUAAACGUUUGCAUGGAGGAGGAAGACGCUACACCUCUAUGUUGCUGCCAGCACUGAGUAUCGGCCGAUACUGAUACCGAUCCAGUACUUUUUAUGUGAAAAUGUUUUUCCUGAAAACCUGAGUUGGUGCUCAGUCAGAGGACAGACAUCAGUUGUCUUAGACCAGAGGUCUUCAAACCGUCUGAGAGGGCCGGAAUGACUGGUUUGGUCACUUUAACUCUCUAAGACAGAGAUUAUCUUAACUGUCAGUAAAAGUGCUCAAACUGAUAUUCACUCUGCUUAUCACUGUGAUCUGUGUGCUACGAUGCUUUUGUGAACUUCUCAUAAAUAUUACGUCAAAAGCAAAACCUGCGUGAACUAAAAAUGUUCAUUCAGUCAGUUUUUCGUUUAAAGAGGCUGAUUUUGAGCUCGUUUAAAAGUUUUACAUGAGAUGAACUGAAGGCACAGUCAGUGAAGGGGUUUGACAGAGUCCGUGGUGGAGGGUUCGUGAAACCCAUGCUCUGAUUUUUCCAUCAUACUGUGAAUGUAGGCUAUGGAAAUUGUACAGUAUUUUUAAAUUUGAAAUCUAACUUUUCUAAUUUUCUGUUAUGACACUCAAAAAAAUAUUCUGCAUUUAUUUUAGGUCAAUUUUUUUAUUGUUUUUCUGAAAGAUGACUGUAAUUGUGGUUAUGUUUGUGCUGUCAUGUAUAACAAUGAAGGUUUGUAAUUUAUAUCUCUGUAUUGCAAUAUACAAUCUUACAAUGUGAAAGCUCAAGUUCAUAGUGCUGCAGGAUAUUAUACGGAAAUGGUUAAAAGCUCUUUGUUUCUGGUUUCCUAAAUGAAGGACAUAUAUGAAGGAUUAAUAUGGUGUAUUGUGUAUAUAUACAUAUACUGUGU